AUGAAACUACUAUCAACCAUUUUGUCCGUUCUAUUGCUUGCUGUCUACGCCGUCGCAGACCCCACGGUCACCAGCAAGGUUUUCUUCGAUCUCAAGCAAGGUGACAAACCUCUCGGUCGUGUGGUGAUCGGUCUCUACGGGGACGUGGCCCCCAAAACCGUCAAAAACUUCUACGAACUAUCCACCAGCAAUGACGCAGCCAUGGGCUACAUCAACUCCACUUUCCACCGUAUCAUCCCUUCCUUCAUGGUCCAAGGCGGCGACUUCACCCACGGUUCGGGAAUCGGGGGUAAAUCCAUCUACGGCGCUACAUUCCCCGAUGAAUCCUUCGAGGUCAAACACGACAAACCAGGCCGCCUAUCCAUGGCCAACCGUGGCAAAAACACCAACGGCUCGCAGUUCUUUAUCACCACUGUCCCCACGCCCUGGCUAGACGGCAGACACGUCGUCUUCGGAGAGGUCCUGGAGGGCAUGUCCGUCGUUUUCGCCAUGGAGAAGGCCGCCACAGACCCCCAAGAUAGACCGCUCGUCCCGAUCCAGAUCGCAGCCUGCGGCGCACUACCAGACUCCGGAGCUGCCGCACCAAUCAGCGACGAGUUGUAG